GUUCCUCACAAUUAAUAUGUUUUCAUGUGCAUUUGUGAACUCGUGUAAGAGAAUUAGGCUUCUUCUUUUGACGUAAAUACGUCUAUGCGGAAGGGUCAUUCGGCUAAAACAGCGUUACGAAGAUGUAUAGGAUCCAGCCCCGAGUCACCUUUAAACGUUCAUUCCUCAGGAAUGGAAAUGGUAAACCGGAAAAUAACAUUUCUUUAUGGAAGUCAGACAGGAACUGCCCAGGAUGUUGCAGAGAGAAUUUGGAGGGAAGCCAGGAUAUUCCAUUUUCAUGGUCCUGUUCGGACAAUGGAUGACUAUCCUGUAUCACAGCUCAUAUAUGAAAUGGUUGUCAUAUUCAUUUGUUCAACGACUGGCCAAGGUGAAGAACCAGAUAACAUGAAACAUUUCUGGAGAUUCUUGCUGCGGAAAAAUCUUCCUGCAGACUCACUGCAAGGACUAAGAUAUGCUGUUCUUGGUUUAGGUGAUUCUUCAUAUGCCAAAUUUAAUUAUGUAGCAAAGAAGCUUCAUCGUCGCCUUUUGCAGUUGGGAGGCCAGCCCCUUUUACACAUUGGUCUUGCAGAUGAUCAGCAUGAUCUUGGUGCUAAUGCAGUUAUUGAUCCUUGGAUUAAUGAUUUAUGGAGGAAGCUGUCUGAUCUCUAUCCACUGCCUGAUGGUGUAGUACCAUUAAAUAAAGACAUUCUUUGUCCACCAAGGUGGAUUGUAUCACUAAGUGAAACUGCUGAAACAUACAGACAGUCAUCUAGCAAUAUAGAAUUAAUGGAGGCAAAAGUGGGUAAUAACAGGGAAGAAGAAUUUUCACAAAACAAUCCCUGUUAUGUCAGCAUUAUUAAAAAUACAAGAACUACAGCACCAUUACAUUUGCAGGAUGUGAGACUUAUUCACUUGUCAGCUCCAAAACUGCAGUAUUCCCCAGGUGAUGUUCUUAUGGUAUGCCCACACAAUGCAUCAGAGAAAGUUGACCAGUUUUUUAGUCUGUUGUCAUGUGGUUCUGAUGGAAGAUUAGGUCCUGAUACUGUGAUUCAUGUGAAAGAAAAGGACAGUGAUGCACCUGUGCCACUAGCAUUAAAACACCCUCUUACACUGAGAAGAUGUGCUGAGCAAUACUGGGACCUGAAUGCUGUCCCAAGACGUUAUUUUUUCCACUUGCUCUCAAAUUUUACCACCAGUGACCUUGAGAAAGAGAAAUUGACUGAAUUUUCUACACCAGAAGGACAAGAGGAGUUAUAUAAUUACUCAAACCGCCCACGAAGAACAGUACUUGAAGUGUUGCAGGAUUUUCCACAAGCAACAGCAAACAUUCCUCUUGAAUAUAUGUUUGAAUUAUUCCAGCCCAUCAGACCAAGGGCAUUCUCAGUUGCAUCUUCACCAAAGGCUCACAAUGAAGAAAUUCACAUUUUAGUAGCUGUUGUGAAGUACCGUACUAAGUUGAUAGCUCCACGUCUUGGCCUUUGUUCCAACUGGUUGGCAGGCUUGACUCCAGGAACGAAUAUACCAGUCUGGAUACGAAGAGGAUCUUUUCAUUUUCCACUAUCAGAAAAUAAUCCUGUAAUAAUGAUUGGCCCAGGCACUGGUGUUGCUCCAUUUCGCAGCUAUAUUCAUGAGAGAGUAGCACUGAGCCAGGCUUCAAACAAACUACUAUAUCUGUUUUUUGGAUGUCGGAACAAAAAUGGUGACUUUCACUUUAGCAAUGAAUGGCUAAGCUUACAGGAGGAAAAACAUCUAUCAUUAUUUUGUGCUUUUUCUAGGGACCAAGAAUAUAAAAUUUAUGUGCAGCACCUGAUAAAGGAGCAGGCUGCUCUCUUGUGGGAUUUACUGUCAUCUAAAGCAUGGAUAUUCCUUGCUGGAACAGAACCUGUGAGAUUGACUCCAGCAUGGGAGGAAACAAAUCUUUCGAAUGAUGAGCUCAAUUUUAAGGGCGUAACUAUGGAGCAGGCAGUUCUGGAGAUGAAUCCACCCACAGAUAGGUUAUAUCUGGUCUAUUUAACAUUAUUGUUACAUGGGAUUGGGACUUUGAUGCCUUGGAACAUGUUUAUCACUGCAAAAGCUUACUUUGAAGAUUUCAAGUUAACAGAUAGAACUACUGGAAUAAAAACAGAGUAUGCUGGAAAUUUUCUGGCUUACAUUGGCUUUGCUUCUCAAAUUCCCAACCUUGUGAUAAACUGGAUAAAUAUCUUUGUACCAAUAGGUUCUGGGGACAGCUUAACAACUCGGAUAGUAGGGAGCAUAUUGGUGGAAGUUGUAAUGUUCAUUCUUACAGUAAUACUAGCCAUGAGUGACUCAUCACAGUGGCCUGGAGCGUUCUUCACGAUCACAAUCAUUACUAUUGUCUUACUGAAUACGGCAAAUGGUAUUUACCAAAACACUGUAUUUGGGUUGGCAGCAAAAUUGCCUUUUAAGUAUACUGGAGCUGUUAUUCUUGGCGCUAAUAUCAGUGGUACAUUUACUGCAGUUAUAAAUGUGAUGUCCAAAAUUAUGUCUCCAAAUGAAAGAACUGCUGCCAUCUAUUACUUCAUCACAGCACUGUUCAUUCUUUUAGCAUGUUUUGAUACUUACCUUGCUCUACCCUUGAAUAGAUUUUACAGAUAUCAUGAAUUGCUGUAUGAAAAGGAACAGCAGAUGAAGGGGAAACAGAGUUUGAAUGCAGUUCCUUAUACACCAUAUUGCACCAUCCUCAAGCAAUGCCUCCCACAGUGCUUUAAUGUGUUUUUUGUGUUUUUUGUAACACUUACCAUAUUUCCUGCAGUUCAUUCAGAAAUUAAAAUAUCAGACAAAGACAGUUUCUUUGUUGGAGAACGCUUUUAUAGUGAUGUGACUUGUUUCCUAACAUUCAAUGUCUGUGCAGUGAUUGGGAGUACCGUGGCUACGUGGGUGACAUGGCCAAGUCCAAAAUAUCUAGUGUUUCCUGUUGUAUUGCGAGUACUUUUCAUCCCAUUUUUCCUGUUUUGCAACUACCGACCUCAAGGUGAGAGGUACAUUUCUGUCCUUAUCAACAAUGAUUGGGGAUACUGGACAGGUGCAAUACUAAUGGCCAUCACAAGUGGUUACUUCAGUUCUGUUGCCAUGAUGUAUUGUCCCAGGUCUGUGGAGCCAAAAUAUGCAUCCACAGCUGGAAUGCUUGGUGGAGCAUCACUUAUUACAGGAAUAUUUGGUGGAAUUUUGUUUACAUUGGUAAUGCCAUGGUUAGCUAACACACACAUGUGGGACUUUUCUUAGGAACUGGUCUUACACCACACCACAACAUGUAAAUAAGAUCCUAGAAACAGCAGUUUUGGAGUAGUCUGAAUGAGAGGUGUGUAAUGGGAGUAUUUUGAUAUACAUACCCUUAUCACCAAAUAUUGCUAUGUGGUGGUUUGUGGCUAUACUUUGUAAUUGGGAGGUUCCGGGUUUGAAUCUCAGCUUAAUGAAUGGCUAUUUGAACUGACAUUGUGGUUUUUCCCAGUCAGUCUAUGAGAGAGUACUUCAAUAUAGAAUACAGUUGUUUCCAUUUCUUUUUUCAAUUGAUCAGUUGUUUCUGCAUUAAAAUUGCAAGUGUUUGGGAAUCGUAACAAGUCAAAAUUACAUUCAUAAUGAAAUCAAGAGCAGAUUCAAUGUGGGCAACAUUUUUUACUAUUCAUUUCAGAAUGUUUUAUCUUUUGUCUUCAAUUUAAAGGUCUAAAAAUGAAAAUAUACAUACAGCUAUAAUUUUACCAGUUUGUUUUUCGUGGGUGUAGAACUUGGUUUGUCUAGGCCAGGGAUGGGGAACCUUUUCAUGUUGGAAGGCCGCAUUAAUUUAGCUGUAAUCAAAUAAGGCCGCAUUCAAGAAAUUUCAAUUAGAUAUAC